UUUCCUUUUCUAUUUCUAUUUUCUAUUUUAUGUUUUCUAUUUCUAUUUUCUAAGAUAGAAAACAUGUUUGGUUUGACAUACUGAAAAAUUGUUUUCUAAAACAUAAAAUGAGCAGAAAAAUUGGUCCUCCAACCUGAACAUUAUUUAUACUCACAUCAAAGCCUUUUCAGUGUAAAUAAAAUAUUAACACUAAUUGUGGCUUGAAUUAAGCCAUUUAACUUGAAUAGAGAUAGCCCAAUGAAACUAGGCCCGAAAGAAAUAAACCAAAUAAGCUUUAGUCCAAUGGCAAAGCUCAAUCAAAGUAAAAGAAAACUCCAGAGAAGACACGAAGAAUCUUGAACACAGUAAAGAAAACAAAGGGCAGCAAUGGAAGCAGAGCAAACCUCUGUGCUAUUAGAGGGUCAGACAUAAAUUAUCUCACAUGUCCUGAUUUUGUGCCCAGAUAACACACAUUUCCCACACUUCUUCUUCUCCCUCUUUUAAGCUUCUGUAAAUAACAGUCAUCGAUAGCAGCAACUAUGGCUUCAACAAUGGCAAUUUUGCACGCAAAGUGUUUGACGAUUUUCUCUUCCAAAAAUAGCAGCAAAAGCAAAAGGCCAAGCCAUUCUCAAAACCCACUUCCCUUCUCUCUCUUCAAAACCAUCUCAAAAUCAACUGAUCUGCUCCGAUCAUUUGGUUUGACACCAGAUCCAUCUGCUAGUGAAAUUUCUAUGAUUGCCGAUGAUGCCACCAUUGACGACAGAGGUCACCAUAUUUCAUGUUUUCGGAGAUGAAUACGGAAAGAAUUUGACGGAGAAUUCUGUGUCUUUAUUCUCCCGUGUUUUUUAUUUUAGAAAACGACUUUUUUAUGUUUUCUAUUUUCUGGUCCUUUUCCAUUUCCAUGUUUCCUAAAAUGCUCAACCAAACAUGUUUUCAGGAGCAUUUUCUAUUUUCUAGAAAAUGAAAACAGCAAACGUUUGGAAAACAAGUAAACCAAACGCACUCUAACAUUCUCUUCAUCUCGUGUAUAUGCAGAUAGUGUUUCCCAACUUGGAGAAGUUAUAUCUAUUGGAUAUUGGGGCUGAAAAAAUAUGGGACAACAGUUUUCAAGGAAUGCCACGUUGUUUUCAGACUUUGAAAAAGAUGGAAUUGCGGGGCUGUUAUAAGUUAAAGUUCUUAUUCCCUGUUGGUGUGGUAACAAGUCUAAUUCAACUCGAAGAACUUAGGGUAUAUGGCUGUAAACUAAUGGAAGGGAUAAUAGAAGGAGUGGCAAGUCAGAUGGUCUUCUGAAAAUUACUUCGCCUGAAUCUUCAUGAUCUUCCCAAAUUGAAAAGAUUCUGCACAGGACAUUCUAUUGAAUUUCCAUCCUUGUCCUAUAUGUCUAUACAAAGAUGCACGGAAUUGAAGUCGUUCAUCUUUGAUGAAAAGGAAGUGAGCAAUGAUGACCUCCCACCUCCUCUCUUUGACGAAAAGGUGGAACUCCCUACCAUUGAAACAUUAUUAAUCUCCUCCGUUAACUUCAAAAGAAUAUGGCACAAUGAACUCGCCCCAGAAUCCUUUUGCAAACUAGAUGAUCUUUGGCCGAGUCGUUGUGAAAAUCUAUUGAACAUUUUUCCAUCUAAUAUGCUGACAAGACUCCAAAACCUACGACUAUUGAAGAUAAAAGAGUGCAAGUCAAUGGAUGUGAUAUUUGAUUUGGAAGAGCCAAAUGCUUUGGAGAUGCAUAUUACAAAGGCUCCCAUAUUCAGAAAACUGAAGUCCAUAACAAUCAGUGGUUGUCCAAGUCUGAGAUAUAUUUUUUCACUCUCUGUAGGCAGUGGUCUUCAGGAACUUGAGGAGUUACAUAUUGAAAGAUGUGAGGCAGUUGAGAAAAUUGUUGCAAUGGAAUGGGUAGAUGCGGAUGUUAGGUUCGAGUUUCCAAAAGUCAUGACUUCCCUGAUGCUUGGAUACUUACCAAAACUAACAAGUUUCUUCUCUGGAAUUCAUACAUCAGAAUGGCCACUAUUAAAGAAAUUGGAAGUUAUUAAAUGUGACAAACUGAAAAUAUUUGCUUCUGAAUGUUCGAAUGUCCAAGAAGGGGCGUAUGAACAGGAGAUAUUCCCCAACCUAGAAAAUUUGUCAUUCAGUCAGAGUUACAUUAUGAAGCAAAUGUGGCAUGGAGAAUUUCGAGCUGAAAUGUUUUGCAGAUUAAAAUGCCUUACGAUUAAUGAGUUUCAUGAUGAAAUCAUCACUUCUUUUCCACCAGGUUUCUUUAAGAAACUGCCAAAGUUGGAACAACUUGUUGUAUGGCGUAGUGAUUUCAAUGAGAUAUUCCCAAAUGAAGGAGUCAUUUACCCAGAGAUGAUUUCACCAUUUUGCAGUCUCAAAAUUCUGAAUGUAGGACAAUGUGACAGAUUGAAAAUUCUGUUCCCAUCCUCACUGCUGUCAUUCUGCAAUUUGGCUGAACUGCGAGUAGAGAGAUGUGACAAAUUGACUUACUUAAUGUCUUGCUCGACAGCUAAAAGCAUGAUGCAGCUCAAGAAAUUGUCGGUAAGUGAAUGUAAAAUGAUGACGUCCAUUGUAGAAUGUGUAGGGGAAGGCGAGGUAGAGGAUGAUAUUAUUUUCCACCAACUGAAAGAACUAUUUAUUUAUUCUCUGCCAAACCUUUCAAGCUUCUGUGGCUCAGCAAAACAUGCAUUCAAAUUACCAUCAUUGGAAAGUGUAAUUGUGAGAAUAUGCCCCAAUCUGAAAACUUUUUGUGAGGGACCACUUUCCACUUUUAAGCUCCGGAGUCUCGAUGUAUCACGUGGUGAAAAAAAGCUCUGGAAUGGCAGCCUCAAUUCUACCAUACAGAACUGGUAUAAAGAAAUGAUGACCAUCAGAAUCCAGCGCAUCCAGCGCCAAUUUUUGACGCAGCUUGCUCGUAGGAAUUUCACUGCAUUGCGGAGGCUUCCAUAGUAAUACAGUCUGCAGUGAGAGGAAAUAUUGCACGUAGAACUUUUGAAAGUUUAAAAGGAGAUACUGCUUUGAAUUAAUGUUUAGAAGACCGUAGACGUCAUAUGUAUAUGCGAUCUGCAUAAUGCAUCAUCAGGCUCCAACAAUGCCUCUCUUUAAAGAUGAAGGUGUCAAGUUAAGCUUUCUUUCUGUCAGGUGAAGGUGUGUGCCAUGGACUUUCUUUGAGAUGUGGAGUGUUGGACUUUCUUUGAGAUGUGGAGUGUUGUAUUUUUAAAGAGAGCCAGUCAUGUGCUCUGCUUGAGUCUUACAAUAGUUAUAUUUAUAGUGCAAGCAAGAAUUGGAUUUGGUUGGAACUCUCAUUUUGUUUGGCCAUCCUGACUACAAAGUCGCAAUGCUUAUGAAUGUUGAGAGAAUAGAGAUAGUUGUAUUAGUAGUGGUCAUUAAUAUUCAUGGAAUGCCUGAUUCAAAACCUCAUUGCCGCCUCUGC